AGACCUUUAGCGAGAAGCUCAAGCACCGCGACAGUCAAAGUUAGCAGUAAGAGCAGCCAUCAAGCUUUUCCUACCUUCGUACCUUCUGUCAUCCAAAUGACCGUCAUGGCUUCAAACCAAUCUGCAAGCACUACGUUGCGCCAGCGGGUGCGAGAAUUGCUUCCUACCGUCUAUCUUGGACGCUACGAGACGGGUCCAAAGAACAGUCUGACAGACGUUGCUGGUGUGUUGGUCUCAACACAGUCCAUCCACGAGUCCCCGAAAUACCCAGAUGCACCUGUAGGCUCCAUCAACACCGGUGUCACUACUAUCCUGCCUCGCAAAGACUGGUUCAACAAGGGUUGCUUUGCUGGCAUCUUUCGGUUCAAUGGCUCUGGAGAGUUGACCGGCUCGCACUGGAUCGAAGAGUCCGGACUUCUGCAUUCACCUAUUGUCAUCACCGGCAGUUUUGGUGUCGGGAAUGCGUACAAUGGCAUCUAUGAGCACGGGAUAAGGGAGCAUCGCGACCAGGUUGGGAAGGUGGGCUGGUUUUUACUGCCAGUGGUCGCAGAGACGUUCGAUGGCUUCCUACAUGAUGUGUCCAAGUUUGCGGUUACAUCUCAGCACGUUGUCAAAGGCAUCGACGAGGCGAGUAGUGAGCCUGUGCAGGAAGGUAACAUUGGUGGCGGCACGGGAAUGAUCUGCCAUUGGUUCAAGGGCGGGACAGGAUCCAGCAGUCGCCUGGUGCCAGCAGAUCAAGGACAGACUUACACCAUCGGCGCUCUCGUUCAGGCCAACUACGGCCAGAUGAGAGAUUUCAAGAUCGCUGGCGCCCCAAUCGGCCGCUUAAUCUAUGAAGAGCAGCAGCGCCUAGUUGAGGAGAACCCAAAUGACCCAGAAUUGUUGGCGCAGGCAUCCAUGCUCUUCAAGAUCAAGGAAGAGAAGGACAAGCAGGAUGGUAGCAUCAUCAUCAUUCUUGCAACAGACGCGCCACUGCACCCAACACAGCUUCGACGCCUUGCAAAGCGUGCGACCGUCGGUCUCGCCCGAGUAGGAGGCUGGGCAUCGAACUCAUCUGGCGACAUCUUCCUGGCUUUCUCGACUGCGAACCAAGUGACAGUCCAAGAGCACACGGCGACGACGCAGAAAGUGGAUCCGUGGAAACCGAAGGCACACAGCGUGGACGUUAUCGAUGACCAGACGAUCAAUGCGCUAUUCGAGGCGAGUGCAGAUGCCGUGGAGGAAGCAAUAUUGAACGCGGUAUUCAAGGCCGAGAGUAUGGAGGGUAAUGGAAACAGGAUUGAUGCGUUGAACUUGGACAAGGUGAAAGAGCUAAUGGGGAAGUACCUGUGACUAUUCGUCUAAAACGUAGCCGUCAGCAAGAUCUAUCAACAUUCCACUCCACUUAAUAGUCGCUCG